CGCGAAAAUGGCAUCCUGGUAAUUUUGAGAUGGUCCCAGCAACAAAAGCCUGGCUUCGCUCCUUCCUGCCACUCUCUCCGUCUCAACUCCUCCCUCCUCCUCGCGAAGAAGCUAAAGAGAAGAGAAGAGAAGCGAAGAGGGGAGAGGAGUCGGAUGGGAAACGUGGAGACGAUGCGAACCUCGUCAUCGCGCCGGGAGAUGGGGUCGGAAAACCGCCCCAACACCAUCGGUUGCAUGUCCGGCAUCUUCCACCUCCUUUCCCGUCACCACAACCGCUCCCGGAAACGCCUCACCUCCGCGAACAGGAAGGAGAAGCCCGCCGUCGCACCUCCAUCGAGACCAAAGCUGCCACCUCCGCGGCCGAUCGACGACGAGGAAGGGAAGAAGACGGAGCCCCAGCGGUGCUCCUGCGAGACGCCGCGGAGCCCGACAAUCCCUCAGGAGAUACGGCGGCGGCCGGCCGCGGCCGUCGCCGCCGCAUCCCCCGAUAGUCCCCGUCGACCUUCGGCACUGGUGGCGAGGCUGAUGGGGUUGGAGGACUCGCCAGCUCCGCCGGUGGCAGCGGCGGCGGACAAGCGGCGGGAGCUGCUGCGGGCGCUGGAGAAGUGUGACGAGGACCUCCAGGCCCUGAGGCGGAUCAUCGAGGCGGUGCGCUCGGCGGAGAUCAAGGCCAAGGUGGUCCCGUCGGCAGGCGGACCAGCGGGGCGGCUCGAGUGGGACGGCGGAGAUCCCAAGAACCAAUGCAACGGCGAGCAACCGAGUCCCGUUUCGGUUCUCGACGCCAUAUCGUCUCCUCGGAAUCGGUCGAACGGAUCCCCGAACGAGAAACAAGAAAUCACGACCGCUGGAUUGAGGAUGGCGAAGCCGCCGCCGCGCUUAGGCGAGGAGAGAUGUAAUGCUGCCCAAAUCUGUUCUUUCUACGGUCGGAUCUCGAUGGAAGCGAUGCCGCGGGUGGUGGAGCCGAAGGGACGGGCGAUCGUGGAGGACUUGGGACCGGCGCAGCUGACAGAGAGCGUCCGACAGCAAUGGCGAGGGCGGAGGAGGCGGAGGAGCGCGAGCCGGGCGAUGGGGGAGAGCGUGGAGGAGGUGUGGGAGGACGGGGUGUGGGAGGAGAGGUGGGAGGCGGGGAGAGUAGGGGUGUGGGUGGAGGCUGACAUCACGUGGGACUUGGUGGAGGAGCUUGUCGUGGAGCUGUUUGGGUGGUGUCUCAAGUUGUCGCCUCCGCCGGGGACCUGCAGGAAGAGGUUGUGCUUCUAGUUGCAUGGUAGCUUUGCUCACCUCUACAGAAGAAGCUCUUGUGCCAGUACUGCCUGCAAAUGAAUAAGAUACUAGGAGAGAUGAUACAAGAAAACAUUGUACUCUCUGGUUGGAGAAGAAGCUAUCGGUGUUCAUAUCAAGCGAGAAGCUGGCUGACGGACGUCGAUAGUGAUGGCCAGAUCAACCGUGAGGAGUUAAAGUUGGUUAAAGAAUGAUUGAAGCGCGCAGGUGAGAGUCAGUUAGGAGACAUUCCAAUGAUUAGUGUGGAUAGUUAAGUGAUCGAUUGUGUGUUACCGAAUACAGUAUCGGGAAAUUUCAUGGUAGAUCCGUAAAAGAAGAAGGUGAACUGCUCUGGUGGUGGGUAAUUUUCCAUACGACGGUAGGCAUGUGAGUUAAAAGAAGGUGGCCCUUUUGGUUCCAUUAGUCGUGCGCUUUUCCUUUUUUCACGCGCUAUGUACUGGAAGGAAGUGCGUGUCUGUCAGGUGGUGCUUGUUUUUAUCCAAUUUUUGUUCUUGACAAUCUGUGCGAUCGCAUGGUA